AUGUCAUUCUUAGACAAGAAAACUAUUAGGGGCAAGCCUGUAAAGGAUAUACUGUUGCUCCGUAACAUCGAUUACAAGGGAACGUUCUAUAAGAAGUUCCCCCAUGUCUACAACAUUUAUGCCAUUGGUAUGAUUUCAUGUAUCUCCGGUCUUAUGUUCGGUUUCGAUAUCUCGUCAAUGUCAUCUAUGAUCGGUACUAAGAGAUAUAAGAGAUACUUUGGUCACCCUGGUCCAACUGCCCAAGGUGGUAUCACCGGUUCCAUGGCUGCUGGUUCAUUCCUGGGUUCCUUACUUUCUCCAAACUUCUCAGAUACCUUCGGUAGAAAGAUGUCCUUGCACAUCUGCUCCGUGUUCUGGAUUAUUGGUGCUAUUAUCCAAUGCGCAGCUCAGGGUAAAGCCAUGUUGGUUGUAGGACGUAUUCUAUCUGGUAUCGGUAUCGGUUUCGGUUCCUCUGCUGCUCCAGUGUACUGUUCUGAGAUUUCUCCUCCAAAGAUUAGAGGUUUGAUUUCCGGUCUCUUCCAAUUCUCAGUCACCGUCGGUAUCAUGAUUCUAUUUUACAUCGGUUACGGUUGUCAUUUCAUCAACGGUACGGGAUCCUUCAGGUUGACUUGGGGUUUGCAAAUGGUCCCAGGUUUCAUCUUAGCUCUUGGUGUCUUGUUCUUGCCAGAAUCUCCACGUUGGUUGGCUAACCACGACCGUUGGGACGAAGCCGAGACUGUUGUUGCCAACGUUGCCGCUAAGGGUAACCGCCAGGACGAGCAAGUGCAAUUUCAGUUGGAGGAAAUUAAGGAACAAGUGUUGAUCGAUGCUGCCGCCAAGGACUUCUCAUUCAAGGACUUGUUCAGACCAAAGACCAGAAAGAAGACAAUAGUCGGUAUCUCUGCCCAAAUGUGGCAACAAUUAUGUGGUAUGAACGUUAUGAUGUACUAUAUUGUGUACAUUUUCAACAUGGCUGGUUACACCGGUAACACUAACUUGGUUGCAUCUUCUAUUCAAUACGUCUUGAAUGUGAUCAUGACUAUUCCUGCUCUAUUCUUGAUCGAUAAGGCUGGUAGAAGACCUGUCUUGAUCGUUGGUGGUAUCUUGAUGUUCACAUGGUUGUUUGCUGUCGCUGGUUUGUUGGCCACGUACUCCGAUCCAGCACCAGGUGGUGUUGAUGGUGACUCUACCGUGACCAUUAAGAUCCCUCAUAAGCAUAAACCAGCUGCCAGAGCAGUUAUUGCAUGUUCGUACUUGUUUGUGUGUUCCUACGCUCCAACCUGGGGUAUUGGUAUCUGGAUUUACUGUUCUGAAAUCUUCAACAACAUGGAGAGAGCCAAGGGUUCCUCAGUAUCUACGGCAACGAACUGGGCAUUUAACUUCGCAUUAGCAAUGUUUGUCCCAUCUUCUUUCAAGAACAUCUCAUGGAGAACUUAUAUCAUUUUCGGUGCCUUCUCUGUUUCGUUGACCGUCCAGACCUUCUUAAUGUUCCCUGAGACAAGAGGUAAGACCUUGGAAGAGAUUGACCAAAUGUGGGCCGACAACAUCCCAGCCUGGAAGACUACUAGCUACGUCCCACAAUUACCAGUUGUCGAAGACGAAGAAGGCAACAAAUUGGGCUUGUUGGGUAACCCACAGCACUUGGAGGAUGUGAAUUCGAACGAGAAGUCUGAGCAAACAAACUCUAACUCUAACAAUUCGACGCAUAAUAGCAUCGCGAACGACUCUCGCGUAUAA